UAUUUUAUUUUUCAGUCACUGCGGACGUGUGCGAUUGUCGUGUGCGGUUUGGACAACAAGCAAAAUGGCGAAAACUGUCGGUCGUGCGUGCGCGCAAAUCGCAAUUAUAUUAACUAUAUACGGAUCAAUACAAAAUGUAAAAUCAAUAUCUCCCGAGCUAUACAACACCGUCGCCACUCGACUCACAUAUAUCAAUCCGGAUGAGAUUGUUAGACUGAUGCCGGUACAGUCGCGCGCGUUACGGCCGCGUCGUGCCGCUGUGCCAACAGCUCCGGCGGAAUUGACACCAGUUGUGGCAACCAUCACGCAGGAUGCGAAGAAUCAAUAUCGGAGCGUUAACGGCAAUGGUAAUGUCAACAUAAGCAGCAGCAGCAGCGGCGGCGGCGGCAUCGUUUCAUCCGCAGAUGCUGCCACGCUGACAACCACCAUGGAUAGCAAGGCGUCUACCACCGGCAGCGUUUCCUACAAUGUUCACAAUUUCGGCGUCAAUGGCACCGGACAGCGCAAGGAUCUGAGCAGUGGCAGCGAUGCUGUUGCCAACAAUAAUAGCAGCAUCACCACCAGCAUCAAUGUGGCAACUGGUGCUGGUGCUGGUGCUACUGGUUUGCCGGCAGUUCCACUAAAGAAAACUCAACUGAUGGCCUCCUUACAGCCAUCGCCAUAUCCCAAGAAGGCACCCUCAUCCGUCCAGAUGCCAAUGGCAACGGGCACGAGCACCGAGCGACAGAUCAUCGAUGAUGUCGAUGUGGCCGACGAUGUCAUCAAUGAUCGGGCAAAGAAUCAAUCGCUCACCCGUCGCGAAGAUCACUUCUUCUACUAUCAGAGUCUCUUCUAUGUGAACAAGAACGAGACAACGGCCAUGUGGAACCAAGUGCGUCUCAUACCAGAAAACACAAUGCUAUCCUCUGCGCAUCGUCGCGCGAUGACCGUUGAGCUAAAAUUCGAUUUUCCCUUCUAUGGCCAAUAUGUGCGCAACAUAACCGUUGCCACCGGCGGCUUUCUCUUCACCGGCGUCUACGUCCAUUCUUGGCUGGCGGCCACUCAAUAUAUAGCGCCACUGAUGGCCAAUUUUGAUACCAGCAUUUCGAAUGAUUCCUUUGUGCGGCUACAAGAUAAUGGCACCGCCUUCACAGUCGUCUGGGAGAACGUCACGUUGCAGGAUAAGCCCGAGUAUGGCAAGUUCACAUUCAGCGUCACGUUGCAUCAAAAUGGCGACAUUGUGUUCGUCUACUAUCAGCUGCCGACGGUGAUCAGCAACAUACAGGACAAUCAGCAUCCUGUCAAAGUGGGACUCUCCGAUGCUUACAUCGUUGACAAGAUGCUUUUCUUUGCUCGCCGCAAGACCAUCUAUGAGUAUCAUCGGGUCACAUUUGGGCAGACGGAGAUCACAAAUGCCACGCUCAUUAAAUUGACAGCGCAGCCCACCUGCCUGCGCUACAAUGACUGCGAGUCGUGCCUUAAUCACAAUACAACAUUUGAGUGCGCCUGGUGCCCCACGCUGAAUCGCUGCUCCACCCAUAAUGGCACUGAUCGUGGCAAGCAGGAAUGGCAGCAGAAGGGCUGCGAUCGAUUGCUAAUCAGUAAAACCCCUGAAUGCCCUGCGCUCGGCCAGAAGGGCAACAAUGCUGCACAGGAGAACAUCAGCAACAACAACAAUAACAGCACUAGCAACAAUAACAGCAGCAGCAAUAACAACAACAAUAACAACACUGGUGGCAUCAGCUCCUCAUCGACGCCGGCGUCAAAUGGCGCCGCUGCCACAGCCACAGAGCCAACAGUGAGCAGCACGCAAUUUUCGCCAGCAAAUGGCGAACAGCAUAACAGCGACGGCGUCAAUGUGGAGAGGAGCGAGCAUCUCGGCGCCGUACAGCCGCCGGAGAAUAAGAGUGUGGGCGUGGCAUUUCGGUUUAUUGGGCCCAUUUGCCUGGUAUUCGCCGUGACACUGUGGCUCUUCUAUGCGUACCGAAAUCCACACACACGGAGCGGACAGCUCCUCAUACAGUUCCGUCCCAGUCAAUGGUCAUGGAGACGCGGCGAGGCGCGCUACACGGCGGCAACGAUACACAUGUAACAGUAAUGAACAGUAGAGAAACCGUAGAGAUGAGAGCGAUAUUGCCUGUUGUUGUCUAUGUCUGCCAGUUGCUUCUUGUUGUCACAAGCAAGUAACGAGUAGCGAGCAGCGAUCAGCGAUUAGCGAUUAACGAGUAACGAGUAAGGAGUAACGAGUCACUGUCUCUGUCACGUGUGACGCAAUAACUGAAGAAAACAGGAUUUCCAACACAGCCCCUCUCCCAAGAUUCCCCAAAAAGCAUAGCAAAAAGUUAGAAUAUCUGAUAAUUCUCUUGAAUGGAUAUGUGUAGCUCAGCGUUUUUCAUGUCAACAACAAAAGCUCAGAUCAUAACACACAACAAGUAGUGUAAAGUGUAACAGCAGCAGCUGCGGCGUCUGCGGCUGCCCCAUUUACAGCGCCACUGACAGCGAACACAGACACAGACACAGCUCUCAUGGGCACAGUUUGAAAAGCGUUGCAUCUUUUAGCGACAAAUUUAAAGACCAUAUCAAAAAGACAACCAAACAACAACAAAAACUAAAAACAAAAACAAAAACAAACAAAAAAAACCACACGUGUGCUUUGUGUUCUUUCUUUAGCAUGCUCUGCUCAUGCAACAGAUAUGUUCACAUCUUUUAUAAACAUUUUAAAAUCACGCUGAAGGGCACUCGCAUCAAUUAUGGUAUUUAAUUUGCUCAGGCC